AUGGAAAUCGGCGAUGUCCAUGUUUUACAGCGCCAAGAAAACCGUGAGUAUGCUAAAGAAUUAAUUGAUAAAGUUGCGUCGUACGUCAAGCCCAUUAUGAGAAGGCAUGGCCUGAAAGUUGGCAAGUUGACUGAGUUCUUCCCCAAAAACCCUAAUUUAUACGGUACAAACUACGGCAAAGGGAUUUGUAUCAGCCUAAGGCUUCGGUAUUCUCAUGAUACUACCAGUUUUCUUGAUUUCGAGAGCGUCUUAGAAACCAUGCUUCACGAGCUGGCUCAUAACACAGUCGGACCACACAAUACGCGGUUUUUCAGCGUGUUCGAGUCCUACAAAAAUGAGAUGUUUUCUAUGAGAGCAAAAGGGUUCAAAGGAGAUCUAUUUAUUGGCGCUGGCCAGCGGCUUGGUGGCUCGGCCAGACCCCGCCCUGUACUGAAAGCUUCACGUCCACGAGGAAGAAAACUAGGAGGCAGAGCUAAGGAGGGCGACGUCCGCAGUAUAUUGGCCGAUGCCGCAGAAAAGCGUCGGAUGGCCGAUAAGAUGUGCGCUCCAGUGGACUUUGACGAUCUUGGCGUAGAGGAAAUCACGGCCGAGGAGUUCUACAAGUCCGCCCGGCAAUGGCAUUCCAGCGAAAGCCAAAUUGUUGAUUUAACUAAGAAGCAGUGCUUUGUAGACUUGACCUAA